GGCCCUGUUACCACGGAAUAAUCAUCCCAUCCUCUGCGGGCUGGGAACCUGCGCAGGGUUUCGCCUCGUGCCCCCGGGCUCUCUGCUAGCAAACCACAACGGCUACACACUGCGCUCGGCACCAAGGGACAUGGAGCCUCGGAAACCGUGUCACAACUGCCGUCGGAACCGGCGUCGCUGUGACCGCUCCGUUCCGUCCUGCAACAAGUGUCACUCACUGGGGCAGGAUUGUCUUGGCUACGGCCAGCUGUUCCGGUGGACCAACUCGGUUACCUCACGAGGCCGUUUGAAGGGCAGGACAACCUUUCCAAAGUCGCAAGUGGUAAAUACACAACUAAACAAGCAAUGGAGCGGUACCGACUCUUCCACAUGGACUCUAUCGAAGCCUCUCAUCACGAGCUCUCUAGUAGAUCCGGUCUUCCAGGAUCUGGAUGCCCAGUCCAAGUUCUACCUGCACUACUACUCUUCGCGGGUUUCGAUGGAGCUUGUCGCCCACGACUAUGUUGGAAUCAAUCCGUUCAGAGAUCUCGUGCCCAUGUCCUCCAGAUAUACAUUCCUGCGGCCGAUCGUCAUCGCCGUUUCUGCACUCCACUACUCUAAUCUGGUCCGCCGUGCUGCUCCGGGGGACAAAGAGGAGUCCCCAGCGUCCAUAAGCGCUCUCAUUCAUGCGCUUGAUGCCCGCCACGCUGCCAUCAGGACUCUUCAAGCCCUUCUCGAACACUGGCAACACGAAAAGUCUCAAGGCGCCCCCAAGGUUAGCCAGAGAAGUGGACCAGAAGUCGACGCUUUCCUCGCAACCAUUGUCUUCUUCAUCAACUUUGCCCUGAUCGAUUCCAGCGGUGGUGGCUGGCAGGCUCACCUGGGCGCUGCUGGAAGGUUGUUGAUACCACAAGCUCCUAAUUUCGCUGUGGACGAGUCUUCGCAAGCUUUGACGAAGCAGGCACGCCCGGCGACCGGUUUCGAAGCCUGCCUGGCUGCCCUGUUUUCCGACCUGAGCACAGAAAAGGCCUCCCUGGUAUCGACGCCUGCCCUCUGGCAUUCUCACCAGCUGACCGUGAGGGACUUUGUGGCCUCCGACGCCGUAGCCUACUACGUAUGGAACAGCACGCUAGCUUCCCUGAUCAGGCCGCCUUCUUUUCCAGAAGGGAGAAACCCCUCGCCCGAUCAGGCUGAGAACUCUUGGGAACUUGAUCCUGAAAGCCUCCUGCCUAUCCUCCUACGCACGGAGACGAACUGCUACCACAGCUGCCCAGCUGCGUUGCUCUGUUUGAUGCUCCGCACGUCCCGGCUUGUUCGGCGAUUCCGGAACUCUCCAAAUCCGGCGCAGCACGCCUCACAAGACGAAAGGCUGUCGGUGUUCACGGAGCUGUUGCAGGAAGCACAAAGCUUCGACGUCGAGCAGUGGGCCGCCGACAUGAGCGCGCGCAACGCGGCCAACCUCGUCUCCCAGAUCCCUCCCGAGAUCGAGAUGGCACUGCGGGUGCAUGUCGGCGCAGUGUACCGCGCCACGGCAUGCUUGUACAUCCUGCUCGCUGCCCCGGGACUGUACCGCUACGUCGAGCACCGGCGGAGUUAUUCCGACAAUCCGCAGGCACUGCCGACCCUCCCGCUCACCUCUGAGCUUGCGGAGCUCAUCCACCACCACCUCUCCAAGUUUGAGCCGGAUAGCCCCUUCUUCAAGUACACCACCUGGCCCGUCUUUAUGACUGGAGUGGAAGCAGGGCCGUCAGGCGAACGCCGCGCGUGGGUCAUCGCACGGCUGCAGCGGAUGUACGAUCUUUGUCCGUGGGGCAUGCUCAAGUCAGCAGAAGACGUGCUGUUACAGAUUUGGGCGGCCCGCGACCGGGCAGCCGUGCCCAUGGCCGAGAAAAUGGAAGCUGCAGAAGUAGAUGGCGGGGAGCUGCUGGUUGGUGGUGCAGAACGACGGUCGGAUCGUCAGGUAUUAUUGGCGGACGAUGACGAGCACGACUGGCUGAGCAGGCUCCGCGGUCUGAAAAUCGACUGUCUAAUUGUGUAGCUCGAGGUAUCGUUACCGACCGCAAAGGGAUGGAUGGUAUGAGGUAUCAGAGCACGCAAAGGAGUCGUCAUUCUGUAACAAGUCGAUACAUGUCGCAAUCAGUAUCGGACUGACACGUCCCUGGACAUCCUGGCGAACCAUAUCUAAGGAAGCUUAUACG